AUGGAUAUUGUUGGUCAUGUUGUUAACGUUGGCAAGAUGGAAACACUUGAAGCCGCAAACAAACCAACAAAGAAGCUUGAAUUUGAAUUGAGAGAUGAGAAUGAUGAACGCCUUGGUUGUACUUUGUGGGGAUCAUUUGCUGAAAAAGUUUAUGAAGCUUCUGAAAACGCCAAUGGAGAGAUGGUCAUAUGCCUGAUCCGCUUUGCAAAAAUCAAAGAGUUCAGAGAAACGAUGUAUAUCUCAAAUGCCUUUGACGCUACUCAAGUUCUGAUAAAUCCUGAAGAUCCUGAAAUUGCCAAGUUUAAGAAGUCGUUACCACAAGAUGGUCUUGCCCUCACUAUCCUGGAAAGUAAGCCCAAAUCUUUGUAUGUACCCAAAGCUACAGAGGAUUGGAAGCGUUUUCCCCGAAAAACAAUUGCUCAACUCCUUGAUUCUUCAGAGGUUGGGAAAGCAAAGCUCAUGUGCACAAUCUUGGCUAUUGAUACGGACUGGGCAUGGUACUAUUUUGGUUGUCGUAAGUGCAAUAAAAUAGUUAGAAAGGAAAUAAUUGAGAAGCCUGUCUCUGAACUACUCGAUGGAUCAUUCGAUGAGAUUGAAGAUCCAACUAACGUGCCUGAUGCAAUCAAAAACAUAAUUGGAAAAACAUUUGGAUUUGGGAUUUGUGUGGAGAAAGAUAACCUCGAUAAUGACCACAAUACCUAUAAGGUUGGCAAGGUAUUAUCAGACAGCGAAAUGGAGGAAGAUGAAACUGUUGAAGCUUUAGAGCUUUCAGUAACCCCCUCGAAAAUCAUUUCUGGUGACCAGGUUACACUCAUGCUCACUGAUAGCAAAGAAAGCUCGAAUCUGGGUUGCCAAGUUUCACAAAUAGUAAAGACAACUCAGAAUCCAACGUGCCAUGUCUAACUUACAGCAAAGAAAACUCAGC